GUCUCUGAGCCGGGUGCGGAAGGAGGGAACGGCCCUAGCCUUGGGAAGCCAAAGCACACCCCUGGCUCCUGCCGACACCGCCCUCCUUCCCUUCCCAGCCGCGGGCCUCGCUCGGUGCUCGGCUACUCUGCCGGGAGGCGGCGGCGGCUGCCAGUCUGUGGAGAGUCCUGCUGCCCUCCAGCCGGGCUCCUCCACCGGCCCUUGCAGGGGCGCAGAGAGCUCGGCGCCCGCCCUUCCGCUCGCCUUUUUCGUCAGCCGGCUGGAGCAGCAUCGGUCCGGGAGGUCUCUGGGCUGAGGCGGCGACAGCUCCUCUAGUUCCACCAUGUCCGCGGGCGGAGACCUCGGGAAUCCGCUGAGGAAAUUCAAGCUGGUGUUCCUGGGGGAGCAAAGCGUUGCAAAGACAUCUUUGAUCACCAGAUUCAUGUAUGACAGUUUUGACAACACCUAUCAGGCAACAAUUGGCAUUGACUUUUUAUCAAAAACUAUGUACUUGGAGGAUGGAACAAUCGGGCUUCGGCUGUGGGAUACGGCGGGUCAGGAACGUCUCCGUAGCCUCAUUCCCAGGUACAUCCGUGAUUCUGCUGCAGCUGUAGUAGUUUACGAUAUCACAAAUGUUAACUCAUUCCAGCAAACUACAAAGUGGAUUGAUGAUGUCAGAACAGAAAGAGGAAGUGAUGUUAUCAUCACUCUAGUAGGAAAUAGAACAGAUCUUGCUGACAAGAGGCAAGUGUCAAUUGAGGAGGGAGAGAGGAAAGCCAAAGGGCUGAAUGUUAGGUUUAUUGAAACUAGGGCAAAAGCUGGAUACAAUGUAAAGCAGCUCUUUCGACGUGUAGCAGCAGCUUCGCCGGGAAUGGAAAGCACACAGGACAGAAGCAGAGAAGACAUGAGUGACAUAAAACUGGAAAAGCCUCAGGAGCAACCAGUCAGCGAAGGGGGUUGUUCCUGCUACUCUCCCAUGUCAUCUUCAACCCUUCCUCAGAAGCCCCCUUACUCUUUCAUUGACUGCAGUGUGAAUAUUGGCUUGAACCUUUUCCCUUCAUUAAUAACGUUUUGCAAUUCAUCAUUGCUCCCUGUCUCAUGGAGAUGAUCUAUUAGCUUCACAAGCACAAAAAAAGUCAGCGUCUUCAUUAUUUAUAUUUUCUUAACUUUUUUUCUUUUUUAAUGUUAUGAUAAUGUACUUCAAAAUGAUGGAAAUCUCAACAGUAUGAGUAUGGCUUGGUUAACGAGCAGUAUGUUCACAGCCUGCUUUAUCUCUCCUUGCUUUUCUCACCUCUCCCUUACCCCGUUCCCUAUUUCCGUGUUCUUACCUAGCCUCCCCCCACUUCCUCAAAACAAACAGGAGAUGGCAAAGCAGCAGUCCGACCAAGCCCACUGGAAUUAUCCUUUAAUUUUACAGAUACCACUUGCUGUAGGCUGUGGACCAAGAUGUCCAGAAUUAUUCUUGAGCACUGAUAUAAAUUACUUAGAUCUUCUUUGAGGUCAGAAUUCAGCGAUCACGGUAGGCAGUGCUUGAAUGAGAAAAGCCUCCUGGUGCAUCUUCAAAAUGAGUCCUAAAGAACAUACUGAGUACUUAUAAGUAGCAGAACAUAAAAUGUAUUUCUGACUAAAACGAAUGGUCCUUUCACAUGUGCUUUAUUAGACUCUGGGAGAGAAAAUUAACCAAGUGCUUCAGAACAGGUUUUUAGUAUUUACUUCUUCAUGGUAAGAUAAUGAAGUUCUAAUGAACUAUUUCUCCCAAGGUUUUAAAAUUGUCAAGAGUUAUUCUGUUUGUUUAAAAAAUAAGAAACCUCUUUAAGCAAUAGAUUUUGCUUGGGUUUUCUUUUUUAAAAAAAUAAUACUAUGCAGGCAAGACACCGUAAAAGUUUAAUUCCUUCCAGAAGAACCAGUGGAAGAAUUUAAAUUUGGCACUACGAUCAAAACUACUGAAUUAGCAGAAAUAACGAUAUCUAAAGCUUACCAGCAAGAGAACCCUCAGCAGAAUAGCAAAAACUUUGCUCAGGACAUUUGAGGUCAAAUUGAAGAUGGAAAGCGGAAACCAUUUUCUUGUAAGCCCCUAGAGGCAGAUCAGGAAGAAAACUUCGAGUUACAGGUCAGGAAAAGCCUGCGGAAUUUAUGUUGUAAACGUUACUUAACACAGCAUAAAGAUGAAAAGGCAACAAAAAUAUCUUCAUACUUCCUCAUCCCCUCAUUGCAACAAAACCUUAAACUGGGAGAACCUUAGUCCCCUCUCUUUCCUCUUCCUCCUCCACUUCCCACUUAUUGUCACCUUGUAAUAUUCAGAGAGCACUUGGAUUAUGGAUCUGAAUAGAGAAAUGCUUACAGAUAAUCAUUAGCCCACAUACCAGUAACUUACACUUAAAGAUGGGAUGGAGUUAUAAAGUGCUUUUAUAAUACAAUAUAAUUGCUAAAGGCAAGGGUUGACUCUGUUUUAUUUUGACAUGGCAUGUCCUGAAAUAAAUAUUGAUUCACUAUGGCAGAUGGUCAUACUCUUUAUUUGGAAGAAGUUGUGACUUCUGACAUGGGGGUGAUUGUCUUCCUACACUGUUGCAUUUGAUUCUUUUUAUGUAUUUUUUAAAAAGUAAGCAGUUAUACUGCUUUUAAUAUUGAUUGGUCUUUUUAUUUGGCUUGGAGUUCUUCAAAGCAGUGAAGUGUGUUCAUAGUCCAGAUUUUUUUUUAGUAAACACAAUUUUGCUGCCAAAAAUAUAUAAAUAAAACACAAAAGAAAACAAAAAUUAAAAAAUGUUGAAAAUAUUAGACCAUCUCCCUUUUUACCACCUUCCCUUUUUACCUUUUACUGCCAUUUACAUCCACACAUCCACACACACAAUGCUAUGCUAUGUUUAAUAGCAUUUCCCUGAUUACCAAUAUUAGGCAUUAUAUAUUGUCUAUUCAUGUUUUCAUAUUUUGUAUAAUGUCUAUAUCCUUUGUUCAUUAAAUUGUGUUAUUUGUAUUAUUCUUUAUAUAUUAUUCUUUAACACAUUGCUGUUUAUAUGUUGGUUAUAUUUUACAUUUUCUUCUAGUUUAUGGGAAGUCUUUUUCUUUUCCUAAGACAAUCUAUUGAUAAAUAUAAGCUGUGAAUAUUAAAGUUAUAAUUAAAGUU